AUGCCGCAAGUCGUAUUACUCGUGGUGUGCGCGUUGGUCUGCGUAGCAGUUGCGAAUGCGACGGUCGUGGACGGACUGGGCGACCAGGUGCACAACGCCCGACCCAUUGUCGGGGUGAUGGCCCAGCCCACCUACGCCGACCCCCAGUACAAGGGACUCGGCCGCACCUACCUCGCCGCCGCCUACGUCAAAUGGCUUGAGAGUGCGGGCGCUCGCGUGGUCGCUGUGCAAUACGACCUGCCCGAGCCGCAGCUGGUCCGCUUGCUGCAGAGCAUCAACGGUGUGGUGUUUCCGGGUGGAGAGCUCGACAUCCCGGGCUCACACUACCAGAACACCAGCCAGUUCAUCUACAACUGGGCGAUCAAGGUCCGCUUCCACUCCUUCUCCUCCUCCUCCAUUGCAAUUGCACAGCGAACUGACGUGACGAGCGCGAGCGGCCGCCCGCAAAACGAGGCCGGAAACUAUUUCCCUCUCUGGGGCACUUGCCAGGGCUUCGAGCAAAUGGCGAUCAUGGCCUCCGGCGACGAUUCGAUCCUGACCGAGUUCCAGGCCGAGAACCUCACCCUCGCCCUCGACUUCAGCUCGGCGGCCGCGCACAGUCGUCUGUACGGUUCGAUGGAAAAGCGCAUCGUGGACAUCUUCAGGAACCAGGCCGUCGCGCAAAACCUGCACCAGCUCGGACUCGCCCCCGACCUCUAUGCCCUUACCGUGGGCACAGACAACGAAAGGUUCCGCUCGACGUGGGACAUUCUGUCGACCAACGAAGAUCGCCGGGGUUGGACGUUCAUCUCGUCGAUGGAGAGCAAGAAGCACCCCUUCUACGCCACCCAGUACCACCCCGAGCGUAACGCCUACGAGUGGGACCGUGAGGAGGCCCUGAUCCACUCGGCUGAUGCUGUGGCGGCCAUGCAGGCCCUCUCCAAUUUCCUCGUCAGUGAGGCCAGAAAGAGCGCGAACACGUUUGCGAACAAGAGCGAGGAGUACGCCUCGCUGAUCUACAACUUCGCUCCGCUGUACACGCCCAGAAUCGACCGCUACUACGAACAGGUCUACUUCUGGAAAUAG